AUGGUUGGGCUUCCCGCCAGGGGAAAGACAUUUAUGGCAAGAAAGUUAUGCCGCUAUCUUUCAUGGCUCGGCUAUUCGGCAGCAACAUUCAAUGUUGGUAACUAUAGAAGGGGGCAAGCCGGCCCGAGCGUACACCAUUCCUUUUUCGAUCCGGAGAAUGAGGAAGGGGUAGUUUCGCGAAAAAAAGCGGCAGAAGCGGCCCUCAAUUCACUUGCUGCCUGGUUGAACGAAGAAGACUCGAUCGGCCAAUUGGCCAUUUACGAUGCCACCAAUUCUACUCGCGAUAGGCGACUUUGGAUUGUAGAUCAAGUUUUGAAGCUUAAAGCUGCCUCUUCUUCUUCACAAAUCCUUUUCAUAGAAAGUGUUUGCAAUGACCUUGGCAUUGUUAACUCCAACAUCAUACAAGUCAAGCUCUCUUCGCCAGACUAUAAGGACUCGGCAGAUCCUGAACAGGCGAAAAUCGACUUUAUUAGGCGAAUAAAGCACUAUGAAAAUGCCUAUGAGCCGCUCUCGGAGGAAGAAUGGUCUUGCACUGAGACCGCAGUGAACCUUAACUAUCCAAAGCUUGCAUGGAAAGCGUUGGACGAGCUCAAUACAGGCAUCUGUGAUGGGAUGCGCUAUGAAGAAAUAGAAACCAUGUUCAGCAAUGAAUAUUCCGCCAGAAAUAAGAACAAGUUCUAUUAUCGAUACCCGAACGGGGAAUCCUAUGCAGAUCUUGUAUUAAGGCUUGAACCAAUCAUAAUUGAGCUUGAGAGGCAGAAGGAUAUUUUGGUGAUCGGACAUCAAGCCGUACUUCGAGCAAUUGUUGCGUAUUUUACGGGCGUCACACAAGAGCAAUUGCCCUAUGUAGUGAUCCCAUUGCAUACGGUCUUAGAGCUGCGACCGAUGACAUACAACUGUGAGGUCAUCGAGCAUCAUAUUGGAAUCCCCGCUGUAGAUACGCACAUAGACCGCAUCAAACUACCUCUGAGUCUUCUCGCGCAUCAGGGUCUUAUUUCCCAAUUCCAAGCCGGCCAGCUUCGCUACCUUGAUUCGCUCCCGGAGGAACAAAGAAGGGGAAUUACAAUGAAAUCAGCAUGUGUGGCUUUAAAAUAUGCCCCAAUAGCGGCCAGACUUUACCCGGUCGACAAGUUAACAUAUUUGAGAAGCUCUCUUGGGUCUGAUCAUCUCGCGUUGGAUGCACUCUCCAUUUCCGGCCCUGAUUUAGGUUCUUCCAAAAGCCCUGGGAGCUAUAAUAAUCUGAAUAGGGACUCAAAUGUCCCUGUCUCUUUGGUGUCCUCAUCAAAGCAUGAUUCCGAGCACAUACUUGUGCAUCUGAUAGAUACGCCUGGCCAUGUUGAUUUUUACGGUCAAGUAUAUUGCUCAGCACAGCUUGCAGAUGGGACUAUCAUCGCCGUAGAUGUGUCCGAAGGAAUUUGCGCCCAAACAAUGGCGGCUUUUCAUCUGGCAUGGGACCUGCGAUUGGUGCCUGUCUUGUUUUUGAACAAAAUUGACCGACUUAUUGUGGAGCUGCAUCUUUCGCCUAUGGAAAUAUUUAAUCGUUUGCUACAGCUUCUAGAAUCUGUCAAUGCAACAUGUAGCAUUUUUCGCCAUCAAACCCCAUCAUGCCCCCUUGAUGUAGAAGAGGGCGAUCCUUUCUAUUUUGAGCCAAGAAAAGGAAAUGUCCUUUUUGGAUCGGCGUUGGACGGUUGGGCGUUUCGUUUGAAUCUGUUUGCAAACUUGUUUUCUAAGAAAAUUCCAACGCUUCCCAAACGCGAGCUAAAUCAGAAGCUUUGGUCGGCGUCUUUUUUCUUGUCGAAAAGGCGCGAAAUUCUUCCUGUUGAAAAGGGCGAAACUCCCCUUUUUGUUUCUCUUAUUAUGGAAAACAUUUGCUCCGUUUAUAAGGCCCUCCUUUUUGACGAUGGUACAGAACAAAUUCAAAAGAUCUGUCAAUCAUUUUCGCUAUCAUUUACCCCGGCGUCCGUCAAGGAUAGAAAAAUGCUACUCCGAACAAUAUUCACGAGCUGGAUUCCAUUGGCUCCCUGUGUUUUUGAUGCGAUUGCUGACUCCAUUCCUUCAGCUCAUUCUCGAAGGGUGGGAAUUUUUGGUGAUCAUUGCGAAAAGGGAGCUGGAACGACACUAGCAUUCCUGGCAAAACCGAUCAUAUACCCUGAACUGACUGAAGAACUCUUGAGGAGCAGUAUCUGUGAAUGGACACGUCCCACCAUUCAAAACGGCUUAGAAAAUGAGCACGAGUCUUCACUGACUGCCCAUUCUUCUUGCCCUUUAGAAAAACUGGUGAUGAUGGGGCGACUAUAUUCUGGAGCCCUUUCUACCGCCUCUAUUGGUGACAUUUACUUUUCGUCAUCAAAUGCUAUUGGGUUUGACGGGACCAAGUUUGACCGCCACACAUUCAAGCUGGAGAAAGGCCGCUUCCGUCUCUACCAACUUAUGGGGUCGAAGCUCAUUGAGGUUGAUUGUGUUCCCGAGGGAAACAUCUUUGGUAUCUCUGGAGUGUUAAGCGCAACAAAGGGCAUCUUUGUCAAAAGUGGUACGCUUACAUCUUUGCCCGUUGAUGAAAAAAUUCCGAUCCAUAGUUAUUCCUGUCCUAGCAAAAUGCCACUUUAUCACAACGAUGCUUCAAAUUCUCUGCAUGGCACACCUGAUGAUCAUCAAACAUCUUCGGCAAUGAUGGGUGUACCAUUGAUCAGUGUUUCUGUAGAGCCUACAACAUCCCUACGUGAUCUUACACAGCUGCAGUUUGCACUGCUGCUACUUUAUCAAACCGAUCCAUCGAUCAAUGUCUCAUUUACGGACAUGGGUGAGUUGAUCCUCAAAACUUGUGGAAUGCUGCAUUUAGAGCAAUCUCUUAAAGAGCUCAAGUCGCUAGUAAGCUUUCCGAUUUCAGUAUCUGAUCCCAUCGUUCCGCUAGGUGAAACCAUUGGCGAUGCACAGACAACAAAACAGGUUCACCACAUGCAAGAAAACUUUUCUGUUCUCGCAUGUCUAAAUCCCUCGUUUUUCAGGGACUUUUCCGAUGUCUCUGCAAAACCGGAUGCUUUGAUUGAGACAACAUGUGGCACGUACACACAAAAUCGAAUUUUUGAUCCAAAUUCUGGUGCUGAACCGGAUCGUUGUAAAUUGGUUGGUUGUGAGAUGAACGACGCCAUUUGCUCGUGUGUGCCCCUGAAAAUGGAGGCAAGCAUUGGCGAUCAAUUUUGCACAUUGACGCUCAAUGUCACUGUUGUCAAAAACAACACCUGCACACCAACACUUACGAUUGACCCCAGUUGCGCAACGUAUGAAGAGAUUAUUAAAAGGGCCUUUUCAAUUGCCAUCUCAAAUGGCCCUUUAUGCGGAGAGCGAGUUUAUGGUGUUGGAUUUUCCAUUCUCCACCUUUGUCUCGAUGGUCAGCAUCUUUCCGAUUUCGAUAAAACAUUGCUGUUUUCGCCGAUACGCAAGAUGCUUCAUCUUGCCAUUCUUCUUGCAGACCCAAAGCUGAUGCAGGGAUAUAAUGAAAUUUCUAUCCUGGUUCCAGGAGAAUGGCUGGGUAAAGUAUAUGCGCUGAUCAGCAAAUCGGAGGGCGAUAUCAUUGUGGGAUCCGAAUUUAUCGCUGAGCGCAAUUCAUUUCACAUACUCACGCACGUUCCGGUGCGGUUUUCAGCCGCUUUUGUUGAUGGUACUGGAAGACCUAUACCCAACCCUAACCCUAUAGAAUUGAGGUCAAAAACAGCCGGUGCCGCCUUUGUCAACAUUUCGUAUUUUGGGCUCAAAGCCAUGAAGGGUUCUUUGCUUGUCUGCACAGAUUUGAUCGAAAAUGACACUGCUGUCAUGGACCAUUCCUCCAUACAACGAGAACUUGCCCAAAAAACCCGAAUUAGAAAAGGACUGUUUGUUUCAACAAAGCUCACGCUUGAUGGUGAAAAACAGCGAACGCUUAGGAGAUGCUAA